AUGUUAAUUGUUUGUACGAAAGAAAACAAAAUGUCGUUGGAACAAACAGCUUGCGAUGAUCUAAAGGCUUUCGAGCGACGCCUGACUGAAGUUAUAGGAUGUCUGCAGCCAGCUACUAUGAGAUGGAGAAUUUUACUGACAGUGGUAUCAGUGUGCACAGCAAUAGCGGCUUACCAUUGGUUGAUGGACCCGCUCACACCAGUUGUCUCCCUCACACAGUCUCUCUGGAAUCAUCCGGUUUUUGCCUUUACCUCCACUUUUCUAGUAUUGUUAUUCAUGAUGGGAGUGCACAGAAAGGUGGUAGCGCCGAGCAUCAUCACGGCUCGCACGCGCUCCGUGCUCAACGACUUCAACAUGUCCUGUGACGACACGGGCAAGCUCAUCCUCAAGCCACGCCCCGCCAACACCUAG